CACCUCAAUUGGUCAUUUGGCAUGCGUAGUUAAAAUUUAUUGAUUGUCUCAACUCUGGAACGACAACACAUUUCUCUGAAAUCAAUGCCAUUUCGUGUGUUACACAUAGAAGUGGACCUCAAAUUAACGAAUGCAAUAAACGUUAACUAUUACUCAAUAUUUUUCAUGCCCGAACUCGGUGAACGAGUAUAGUUCAAUCACUCUCUAUUCUCAAGUGUUUCACAUUACUCGCUGAACGUGGGUAUCUGAAAAUGCAGAGUUAUCAAAUUCCACAAUCUUGCAUAGAGCUAGUAAUUACUGGUGUUGCUUUGAGAAGGAAUUAUGUGAAAAGUGUGUGAUAGCUUAAAAAAUGGAUCUGUGCCUGAUUUUCUUAGGGUGCGUUCUUAUUUUAUUGGUGGUUUAUAUGGUGCUGGAGUUACAUUAUUAUGCGCGUUCAUUAAUCUGUUUGAUAAUGGCAAAACUCAAAAAGAGGGUUCAUAUUCUGGAUGAGACUAGAAUGUAUGGAAUUUGCCUUUCCACUGACGUUGACAACCUGUUGGACCACAUGAACAAUGCCAGAUUUAUAAGGGAGCUCGAUUUUGCAAAAAUCGAUUUUAAUGUGAGGACUGGACUUUAUGGAAAAAUAAGGCAGCAUGGGGGGUCUGUUUUGUUAGCUGCAACUACUGUGAGAUACAGGAGACUCAUCAAAAUCUUCCGACGAUAUUAUAUAACCACCAAAAUAAUAUACUGGGAUGACCAGAAUAUCUACAUGGAGCACCGUUUCGUCACUCCAGGUGACAACUUCAUCAAUGCUAUUGUUAUGUGUAAAGCAAGAUUAACGAAGUGCAAUGCGGAGGAAAUAAUGAAGGACCUUCUGGUCAAAAAUCCAGAUUGUGAUGUUGAAAUUGCUAAAAGGCAGAAGCCAGAGCUUCCAUUGGAACUCGGGAAAUGGAUAGAGAGUAAUGAAAUUUCUAGUACAAAAUUGAGGAGCAAUGUUGUAUAAAAAUAGGAAAUAUUGAAGCAUCCAGCGGCUUGGGAUAUAACUCAAAGGUGGAAGCAUCUGUGAGGGGAUCUGAAAUAAGCUGAGAUCACUAUCAAGGGUUCAUUUAAUUUAUUUUGGUGUUGAAUAAGCUAUAAUGAAUAUUUUCCGCAGUUUUGGACACAUUUUGUAUGUGAUACUUACUACUUGAUGAUAGUUUAUCUUUAUCUUUAUAUAUUGUUGAUUGAUAUAUAAUUGUUAUACUCAAUGGCAUAUAUUUUAUUAUCUGAAAUAAAUAGCCUUUAAUGAAAA